UAUGUGCAAACAAUUCUGAUGAAAAAGUUGCUUAUCUCUGUGGCCCAGGAACAUGGUUGACUCCAUUUCUUCAAGCUGUCUACCUCUUUGUACAGUACAUAAUUAUGGUUAAUCUCCUUAUUGCAUUUUUCAACAACGUGUAUUUACAAGUCAAGGCAAUUUCAAACAUUGUGUGGAAGUAUCAACGCUAUCAUUUCAUUAUGGCCUACCAUGAAAAACCUGUUCUGCCUCCACCACUGAUUAUUCUUAGCCACAUGGCUUCGCUCUUCUGUUGUAUAUGUAAAAGAAGAAAGACAGACAAGACUUCAGAUGGGCCAAAACUCUUCCUGACGGAAGAAGAUCAAAAGAAACUCCAUGAUUUUGAAGAGCUGUGUGUUGAGAUGUAUUUCAAUGAAAAGGAUGACAAAUUUCAUUCUGGAAGCGAGGAGAGGAUUCGAGUCACAUUUGAACGGGUGGAACAAAUGUGCAUUCAGAUAAAGGAAGUUGGUGAUCGUGUCAACUACAUAAAAAGGUCAUUACAGUCUUUAGAUUCACAGAUUGGCCAUCUCCAGGAUCUCUCUGCCCUAACUGUGGAUACUCUGAAAACACUGACUGCACAGAAGGCUUCGGAAGCUAGCAAGGUUCACAACGAAAUCACGCGGGAAUUGAGCAUUUCAAAACAUCUGGCACAAAACCUCAUUGAGGAUGGCUCUCUAAGAUCUUCUGUGUGGAAAAAGCACAGCAUUGGAAACGUCUUCGGUUCUUUUCCGCAAGGAGGCCUUGAAAGUAACAAUGCUUUACUCUGCAACAUUUCUAUAUGCGAUGACAAGGAAGUCCAACAUAAGACAAUUGGUCAGGAGUUGGCUCCGGUUCCUCGAAGAGAAGAAACAAACUUUCCAGAGGCAGGUUCCUCAGGCAGUGCCUUAUUUUCAAAUGCUGUUUCCCCUCCAGAACUUCGCCAACGAAUACAGGCCGCGGAGGUCUCAAAAUCCAUUAGUAAAAGUAAAAAACUAGGCAAUUCAUCCAACAGCAUGCCACAUGUAACAUCCCCAACAGCUAAAUUUUUUGUUAGCACUCCGUCUCGGCCCAGUUGCAAAAGUCAGCUGGAAUCUUCAGCAAAGCACGAAGAGACUGUUUUCUCUAAGGCUACAGAAGGAGAUAAUAAUGUAGAAUUUGGUGCGUUUGUGGGUCACAGAGACAGCAUGGAGUUACAGCGGUUUAAGGAGGCAGCAAGCAGAAUUAAAGAAAGAAGUGCUGAUAUUGAGGGUCUUCAAACUGACUGUGGGCUAAGGCAAUCUAGUCCUUGCGGUGGGUUUACUGACCCCCUGGCAGUCCAUUCGGAACAACGUAAGUGUAGUAGAAGAGCAUCCAGCGAAGACCCUCAGCAAGUGGACUCUAAAGCAGCCUUACUGACGGAUUGGUUACAAGGUAGACCUUCAAAUAGCACUCAGAUGCCGUCCGAAGAGGAUGCAUUGAAUGGCAUUGCAUCUCCUUUCAAGCCUAUCAUGGAUAUCAAUUACUAUUACUCAGCUGUAGAAAGAAAUAACUUGAUGAGGUUAUCGCAGAGCAUUCCGUUCACUCCUGUGCCUCCCAGAGGUGAACCGGUCACGGUGUACCGCCUUGAGGAAAGCUCCCCCAGCAUCCUGAACAACAGCAUGUCCUCCUGGUCACAGCUAGGGCUCUGCGCUAAAAUUGAAUUUUUAAGUAAAGAGGAGAUGGGAGGAGGUCUACGUCGAGCCCUCAAAGUAGUAUGCACGUGGUCAGAAUAUGAUAUCCUGAAGUCAGGACACCUUUACAUCAUCAAGUCUUUUCUUCCUGAAGUUGUGAAUACUUGGUCAAGCAUUUAUAAGGAGGACACUGUGUUACACUUGUGCUUGAGAGAAAUUCAGCAACAGAGGGCAGCUCAGAAGCUCACCUUUGCCUUCAAUCAAAUGAAGCCCAAAUCCAUUCCCUACUCGCCAAGGUUCCUGGAAGUUUUCCUGUUGUAUUGCCACUCUGCUGGCCAGUGGUUCGCAGUUGAAGAGUGCAUGACCGGAGAGUUCAGGAAAUAUAACAACAACAACGGCGAUGAAAUCAUUCCAACCAACAUGCUGGAGGAGGUUAUGCUGGCUUUCAGCCACUGGACGUACGAGUACACACGAGGAGAGCUCUUGGUGCUGGAUCUACAAGGUGUUGGUGAAAAUUUGACAGAUCCCUCCGUGAUAAAAGCUGGAGAAAAAAGGUCAUAUGAUAUGGUGUUCGGCCCGGCCAAUUUGGGAGAGGAUGCAAUAAAAAACUUCAGAGCAAAGCAUCACUGUAAUUCAUGCUGACGGAAACUGAAACUUCCUGACCUGAAGAGGAAUGAUUACACGCCUGACAAGAUCCUAUUUCCUCAGGAUGAUUCCACUGAACUGACGAUUCAGCCUGGAAGCUGCACCAAAGAAUCCGAUUCCGCCAGCUCCAUCCGUCUGAUGCUCUGA